GUCAAUAUGCAAAUCUAGUAUCGAACCUGUAGUUCGAGAGAUGAUUGUGGACGAUCACAAUGGUAUUUUUUCGUUAGAAAUAUGAGUUGAUACGAAGAAUCCGGAAUACAUUGGUUUUGAAACUUAAUAUUACACAAUACUUCAUCAUGACAGAGAGAGAGGAAAAAGAAAACGAUAUGAAAGUCUUAUUUAUAACGACCAACAUAGGCUCAAUAUUCGAAGUGCAAGAAUCGGAUUCGGCCGACAACAGUAAACCGACAAUGAUGGAUAAGUGGAUCGAAUGUUUUAUCGGAAAAAUACGUGAUAUCGGAGCUCAUUUUGUGGCAAUUCACUGCCAAGAAGUCGGAGGGAAGGAUUAUGUCAAAACUAUCAAAUACGUGGAUAAUUGGGCAAAGAAAAUACUUAAUAAAAUGAUGGAGUUAAAUUACGACAAAUCAAGAUUAUUUCUAGACGAAGAUUGUUCUGCUCCAGAUAAAUUUACUGCUCUAGGAAAUCUCUAUUUUGUACAUAAAGAUGUUGUUAAUAUCGACAUUUACGACUUUGCAACUUACAAUUUCACUGCAAUUGGUGCGAAUGACCACGAGAUACUCUCAGGUAAUAUAGAAAAAUACACCACGAAGGAGAAAGCGAAAUUUCCCCAAAACUACUUCCCAGACUGCAAAUGGUCGCGAAAAGGCUUUAUGAGAACACGCUGGAGAGUGAACAACAAAGUGGUCUACGACCUCGUGAAUAUUCAUCUCUUCCACGAUGCUAACAAUAUCACUGCUAUGGAAGCUAGUCCGUCGAUCUACGCUAAAAAUAGAAAAAGGGCCUUACAACAUACGCUCGACCGGUUCGAGGAGGAUGAACAUCAAAAAGCGCCAAUGUUUAUCUUUGGGGAUUUUAAUUUCCGUUUGGACACUCACUACUUAAUAAAGUCAAUAACGGGCGAGACGAAAUCCAGAGAAGUAAGAAGUAAGCGGGAUGAAGUGACAAAAAUCGAUUACCUGUCGACUUCAGAUCCUACAAAGGGGGAGAUCGUUUUAACAAUAGAAAAGAAGGGUUUUGAACAUUACAAUCAUCACGAUGUAUUUCUAUACAAUCACGGACAAUGGAUGAGAGACUUCGAUAAAGAAGCCAGAGAGUAUGACAGACUUGAAGAGUUUCCGAUAAACUUUUCUCCAUCUUACCCUUAUAUGGAAAAUAUAAAUGAUGGAAUGUCGUUCAUGAAGUCAAGAGUUCCCGCCUGGUGCGAUCGAAUCAUGUACACAAAAAUGGCAAAGAAUCUUAUGGAUUAUGAUUCAACAUUCCCCCUUAUUUAUGAUCUCAUUGGUGCUGAUACCUGUAUGGGUGACCAUAAACCCGUCUUCCUUUUGUUUAAACUGCGAGCGACUGGUGCAGGUAAUGUAAUUUUAUUCAUCUUUUAUAGAUUUAUGUGUUUACGCUAUAUACACUGUUUAUACACUGUGUAUAUAUUUAAUCAAUCCAAAUUUUUUUAAAGAAAAAAACCAAUAUAUUGAGUGUUCUGUAUGAAAUUUUUUAUGCAUGUCUCGAACCCAUAUCGUAAACAGUAUCGACAGGCGUUAUGGAUAAAGUUGUAGAGAAGGAAGGCCUGAAAAAGAAACUGUCGAUCAACGGUGAGACUGUUACAGUAACGGGUGACUUCAAUCAAGUUAGCAUACACGACUACGCUGUUUUUGAGCAUCAAGAGCAGCUUCGAGGGGAAUAUUUUGACACGAUCAGACGGCCGUCGACUGACGAGCAAAUCGUUUCUCCAAAUGCCCCUGUUCCCAUUCCCACGGCUUCUCAAUCUAGUGAUAGGAAGCUGAUUAGAGAAUCAAGCUUCUCUAAGGCAGUUAGAACAGUUAUGAGGUGCAAUAAUGUUUUGAGCUUAUUAAAAAAGUACGACCAUAGAAGCGAUACGGAGCCUGACUCCGAAGAUGAAGAGGAAUCAGAAGUAAAAGAGGAGGCAAUCAAACCAAGUGUAAUUCUUCAGGAGCAGGUAGAAAAAAAUGAGUUGCGCUUCCAGGCAGAAGAGAGCACUGUUAAGGAAUUGGAUCACGAUCAUGUUAGGUUGUGCGAAGAAUUUGUUUCCAAAACUGACGAUAAGGUGAACCAACGUCGCUGACAUCUCAUGAUAAAAAGCACUUUAAUCAACACGGCUAUAAAUUGCUUUAUAAUUUUACCGCUGAUUCUUUUUGCUUCCUAAUUGAUUUUUUGCUUACAAACUUGCAUACUAGCAAAUUUCUUAUAUCCUACCUUCAUUUAAUUGACUAAUAUCUGCUGAUACACAAUUUUCCUAUAUUUUAUAUUUGUUAUUAUCAUAUUAACCUUGAUUGUUUGAUUUUCUCAAUCUUUUUUUUUUAUUCUUUUAUUAUUUAUUCACAGCUUUUUUUUCCUAUCAAUAAUUCUAUUUGUUUUCUUUUAUUCCUCUUUUAGUGAAAGUCGAAUCAGGAGCAAGAGUUGGCGUUUCAGUUCCUGACCGUCAAAUAAAAAUCUCCGAAUGUGACAGUACAAAACUAAUUCACGUACGCCAAAACGGUAAUUCAGUAGUGAAAGUGUUUCGUGAAACAACAGUCUAAAGCAAAAAUUAACUAAACUAAUCUGUAACCUAUGUGUAACGUAGUUUUCUAGUUCUUUUUUUUUAUUGUAAAAGAAAUGAUUGUUUCUUGUUUCAUUUCUAGUCAUC